CAGAGAGUCAGGGUUGUUACACCGGCUUAUACCUCCGUCGACACGGUUGAAUGAUGAGGAAGAGUAUAUCCCUAAGGUGAAUUAUGUCCAGCUGUCAAGUUUCUUUCCUGAUCGGAGAGUCCAGCCUGGAGGGCUGGAAGGUGAUUGGCUCCGGGGGUUUUGGAAAAGUCUUCAAAGCCAGGCAUCUUCAGUGGGGCUGCGACGUGGCCAUCAAACUGCUUCAUAAUGACGACAGGACCAGCGCGUCUUUGCUGCGGGAGAUCAACAUGAUGCGUGAAGGGAGCAGCCCGUUCGUCAUUCUGGUCCGAGGGGUCUUCAAGGGCCGGGCGCCCUCCUCGGUCUCAGAUCAACUGGGCCUGGUCAUGGAGUUCAUGGAGAGAGGAUCAGUGGCCUCCCUACAGGACAGCUUACACGGAGCUCCACCCUGGCCGCUGGUCUUCAGACUGGCUCACCAAGUGGCUCUGGGUAUUAACUUCCUCCACAGUCUGGCCCCGGCCCUGCUCCACCUGGACCUGAAGCCCAGCAACGUGCUGCUGGACAGCUUUCUCAAUGCCAAGCUCACAGAUUUUGGCCUCUCACGGUUUUACCGCAGCGUCACGCGGUGCUCCAAGAAGGACAGCGAAGAGGAAGGGGGGACGAUCAGCUACAUGCCCCCGGAGGCGUUUGACGUGUCGUACAAACCGACCCAAGCCUCCGAUAUCUACAGUUAUGGUAUACUCUUGUGGUCCAUUGUCACUGGGACACAACCAUAUCCACAUGCAAAGUCCAGCUUAGUGCGGAUUCGUAUCCCCGAAGGAGACCGUCCAUCGCUGAAAGAGAUCAGGGUCCAGGCGGUUGAACGUGCAGGGUUGACGAGACUAAUGGAGCUCAUGAAGAGAUGCUGGGACACCAAACCCAAAGAAAGGCCCUCUGCCCUUGCGUGUACAAUUGAGGCAGAAGAACUGUACAAGAUCCACAAACAUAAUACUAAUGAUGCUGUCCAUCAAGUGCUGAUGCAACUGGACCAAAAGGAAGACGAAAGAAUGAUAGAGCAGAUUGAGAGGGUUCACAUCACUCAGGUUUCAGGGAGUAAACGUGAGGAGGCGAAGAUUCGUGAUACCGUGCCAACAGGUCGCCCACCAGUCCAGGAAAUGGCUGGCGGUGGGACUGCAAAUCGAAGAGACAUACCAAGAGUCAAAGAUCUGCCUUCAUCUCGACCUUCAAGCGUGCGUUACGAUGACGAGAGCCGCCAUUCGACGGACGGCAAAGUGAAAAGGUCCUCCGUUUGCCCCAUUGAACCGUUACCGCCGUCUCCUUUGACUGAGAGGUCCCCUCAAGGCAGAGCAGCAAAACCUUCCCUGCAGGGUUUCAAGCGAAACCUGUCUUCACAGUAUCACCGUCAGUUAUCCGGCCCCGACACUUUCUCCUGCCAACCGGCCGCUGCACGCGGAGUCCAGAUGCACUUCUGCAAUGUUACCGGAUUACAGCACGGCAACAACAACAUCAUGCACAUCCAAGUUACAGAGCGCUCAGAAAGGAGACGGCAUCCAACAGCACCGCCCAGAGUCGACCUCCCGCCGCAGCGUCACGGAAGCUGCAAGGACAAGGCGGGAGGGGUUCGCUGAGUUCUCGUGGACCUUUGCGAGUUUAAGUUCUCUCAUUUCCUGAUACAUGUUUUAUUAGAGAAGUAUGAAGGCGUAGCUGCGUUUUCUGUUUUUGCUUUUCAAAUCUGGACAGUCUUCAUGUUGUUCAAGAAUGAUGUUUCAAUAUAUAUCUUUUUAAUAGUAUUUAUUUAUUCUGCUUCCUUUGUUAGCACAUUUAAAACCAAUGAGCAAGAAUCUCACACCUCCUUUUUGCCCUGUCAGCAGUGUUAAUGUGAGCAGAGUCCGGUCAUAUGGUUUGGCUCUUCCACCAACUGUUGUCAACAAAUAUCCUCAGUCGCAGUGCCAGCCUCACAAUCAAGUGCCAAAAAAUCACCAUAACCACAGAUUGAUAAUUGAUCUAAACAGGUCGAUAUAUCGGUGCACAUAUGACCGACCGUUUGGUCUGUCAAGGAGGUUAAAACAAAGAAUCAUUUGUAUUAUAUUGAUCUAUCAUCUCUAAUGUCUUGCAGUUGAUGUAACGGUGCUGCCGUAGGAUGACGGCAUCUUGAAUACUUCGGUCAGUAGAAGCACGAUGUAGCUUCAAUGAAGUGAAAGAAGAGAGAAUUGCUUUAUCUUAAAGGAUAACUCUUCGAUGGGAUUAUGGGAUAUAAAAUAUCGCCAGACUUUGAUCCUAAAGGUACUUAAGUGGAAAUAUAAAGUAAGGCAAACAUUGUAUUAGUUAAAAAGCAUAGUUUACUUAGAUUUAGAAGUCUUCAUACAUUUGUACUCAAGUGUUGUGUUUUUUUAUUUAAAUGUUUGGUGUAAUUUCGAACACCAAAAUCAGGGUUACUUGACAACUUAAUUUAAGUUUUCAUAUUUCAGGUGGUAAAUAUCUCAGAGCUGCAACGAUUAGUCGAUUAAUCGGCAUCAGUUUUGAUAAUCGAUAAAUAGUUUAAGUUAUUUUGAAGGCAGAAUUCUCUGGUUUCAGCUUUUUAAAUGUGGGAAUUUGCAUUUUUUCUCUUUUUGAAUAUAUUUGGGUUUUGAACCGUUGGUCGAACAAAUCACAGAUCUGUAACAAUUACAGGAUUCACUGAUGCUACUUUUUUGGAAAUCACUUAAUCACUCAAUGCCAAAGAUAUCUCAAGUUGUAGGUUCUCAAAUGUGAGAAUUUUGCUGUUUUUCUUAUUUUUUAAUAUAUAUCUUUGUAAGCAGAGUAUUUUUGAAAAGUCUUGCUUUUUAAUAAAAUGAAAUAUAAGAUCCUGUCCCCAAUAUUGUUGAUACAGUCCCUCAACUCCUUUUGUUAAUGAUUCUAUUUUGGUGACAUGUUGUGUGGUGUUGACUUUCCUUGAGUGUCUCUAGAUGGCACUCUUGUUCAGCUAGUGUCUCACUAUACAUGUGUCUUUCUUUCUUUCUAUUCCAAAUAAAUCACUUCUGUUGCUGCUGAAAAUGUAUAAUUCAUCUCUUCCAGUUCACCAGGGAACUUUUUCCCAACAGCAAAACAGCUGUUUCUAAGAAAAAAACUAUUUAAUGUAUCGUUUUAUAUC